AUGGCGACCUCUUCACUGAGCGCACCGCUGCGGACGCCCAAAUACAUAUGCGACGCUUGCCGAACAAAUGUGCGCUCCCUACGCAGACCGGCCGUCGAUACGUACCGAACCUUCAGCACCGCAUCAUCUUCAAACGGCAAAAUCCCCACGCGGCCGAUAUCAUUUCCGUACCGUCGCGAUCGAUUUAUCAUCUCACCGCUGCAUAACGAAAAUGCUCGCGGACGAUUCGAAAAGCGCCAAUACUCGACAACGAGCUCCUCUUCGCAAGCUGCCAGCUCAAGCUGUGCACCGCUCCCGCAUCGCCGCCUCAUCUCUCUCUCUGGGCCCGAUACCGUCAAGUUCCUCCAGGGGCUGAUAACGAACAAUGUCGAUUCGAGCCGUCAGUCGCCCUUCUACGCUGCCUUUCUAGAUGCGCGCGGCCGCGUAUUGUGGGAUGUCUUUGUCUGGGUGUGGCCAAAAUUACUGGAGGGCAAGGAGCAUUGGGCAUGCUAUAUUGAGGUGGAUGAGAGCGAGAUGGAGUCUCUAAGGAAGCAUCUGAAGAGACACAAGCUACGGAGUAAGGUGCAGAUCGAAGAGGUAGAACCGGACGAAAUGCGCGUGUGGGCAGCUUGGGGCUCUGAGGUUGAGCAUGCCAAUACCGACAAUGUCAUCACUGCGAUGAGCGAUCCGCGUGCACCAGACAUGCAUCGCUACCUCGUAAGUCCCGACGUAGCGACAAUAAUAGAGGGGGUGGAGCCAGUGGAUAUCCAGGAAUACCACCUUCAACGUUACAGGAACGGCAUCCCCGAAGGACCGCAGGAGAUACCAAGAGAAAGCGCAUUGCCUAUGGAGUGCAAUAUCGAUCUAUGGCAUGGUAUAGACUUCAAGAAAGGUUGUUACGUUGGCCAGGAACUUACCAUCCGUACGAAACACACCGGUAUCGUGCGGAAGCGCGUCUUGCCCAUCGACAUUGAGAAACCUGCCGCAUCCGCAGCCCUUCCAGACUAUGGCACGGACAUCAAACAACUAGAUGCAGAUGGUAACACGAAGAAGGGUCGUGCGACAGGCAAGUUCAUUGCGGGCAUUGGGCAAGUAGGUCUUGCAAUGUGUCGGUUGGAGAACAUGACUAGCAUGAAGAUCAGUGCCGAGGGAGGCACAUGGAAGCCGGAAAUGGAGUUUGGAUGCGAGACAGGCGAAGGCGUUGUCAAGAUCAAGCCUAUUCUGCAUGAUUGGUUUGUACAGAGGGAGAGGGAGCUUUGGGAGAAGAACAAGAAUAGACCUAGCCUGUAG